AUGUUCAAAACUGUAGCUACAGAUAAUGAUCAGGAUAAGUCGAAGCAGACAAGUGAAAAGGUAAGUGAAGGAGCAGCUUAUGGGUGGAGUGAAAGGUCGAUGGUUGACAGAGCUGAAGAAACAGUUCAGGUUACGACCAAUGGUGUAUGUGAAAGACGUUCAACAAAACCAAAGUUCCUUCGACGUUAGAU